CAUUAAAAUUUGAUGUUUUUCAUUUGUUGUUUUAUUUAAAGAAUAUCUGACAACCACCGCACCAAGACAGUCCUGCAGUUGAAUAUAUGAAACAGGCUUUAAACAAGAAACACUGUGGAAGAGCAGAGUCAGUGAGCGAACUAUACAAAUAUUGCUUACACAGAAAAAAUACAGAGACGUACCAUGCAAAGAAAUGAAACAGGAAGUAGGAGUUUUUGAAAAGUAAGUGCUAACAGGAAACAGAGUAUUAAGACUGUGUCCACUGCCACAAUAAAAUAGAGUUAUGUCAUUAGUGAAUGAGAACCAUGAGGGACCACUUAUAUCUUUUUCUCUUUACGUUUCAUUUCAGUACAGGCUGUAUUGUUUCAAAUGAGCAGCAGACAAUAGUAAUAACAGGAUACACAGGUGCUUCAGUUGUGCUGCCCUGCUCCUGUGCUGACCCUCAGUCUACAGUCGGGACAUUCACCUGGUACUUUCUGCAGGGAAAUCAAUGGAUUCAAGUAUUUCAAGAUGAGAAAUACAGCGGCAGACGUGUGCUGUUUGAUGAACUUUCUCCAACAAAUCUGUCUCUUCUCAUUUCUGACCUCAGAAUGAAUGACCAGGGCUACUAUAGAUGUAUGACCGAACCAAAUAUUUUUACAGAUGUUGUCUUAAAAGUUAAAGGGUGUGAUUUGGUUGAGAACAGAAGGACAGUUGUAGUGACUGGAUAUUCAGGAGAGUCUGUCGUUCUGCCCUGUUCCUGCACUGAACUACUGGCUAAACCUGAACACAUACAGUGGCUAUAUUUAAGAGAAAAUCAAUAUAAAGAAAUUUACCCAAAUAAACAGAUUGAGAAUUACAAGAACAGAGUCAAAAUGUUCAAUCCAAACACUCCAGGAAAUCUUUCUCUACACAUAUCAGCACUGACCACAGAGGACCAAGGGCACUAUCAGUGCUUUGUCUCGUCUCAGCAAGUACUCGCUGUCAGACUUCGUGUUGAAGAAAAAACUCCUGUCCACACAAUCAGUUUGACAACACAUCAACCUUCACACCUAACACAAGACUCCACUACUUUACAACUUAAACUGAUUCCACAACAUCACACACCUCAAUUUGUUUUUAUUCUGCUUGGAGUGUUUUGCUCAGUGCUUUUUCUGGCAUUACUGGCAUUUAUAUGCUGGAGAUGUAUAGGAAGCAGAAAUGCUAAAAAGGUGACCACCAAUGGAGAAGAGCUAAAGAGAGAACAAGACAAUCAGGAUGAUGUGAUGUAUUCAACUGUAGUUCAUGUUAAAACAGCAUCCACACCAGCUCACACACACAGUGACCCAGCAGAGCUCACAGAGUACGCCAGCAUUAAUGUUAAACCCUAGAAGAACAAGAGUGAGCACUGUAGAGAUUGACACAACUGUAUCCGUUUGUUACGAGUUUUCUGUAACCUCAACAUGCAUGAAAAUAAAUUUGUUCAUUUAUAGGAGGACUUUAAGUGACUUAAAAGCACAUCAAGAAUGAUUGUAAAGAAGGAACAAACAACUGAGGAAGUUGUGUUUCCUGUCUCUACUUUCAGACCGAUAAAAAAAGAAAAAAAAAAGAAAAAAAAGGUGUCAUAAUGAGUCUUGUUCAAGCACUUUUGUGUGAAAUUAUCACACAAAGUGACAAACCAUAGUGUGUUGGAUUUGGUGAUACACAUAUUUAAGCUUUAAAAUCAGCACAACGUGAACAAUUCAUCCAAGUUAUUUUUUUAUUUUUUUUGUGCUCAAAAUUGAAUAAAAACUUCAGUUAUUUUGUCCAAAGAAACUUCCUUUCUUACAAUAGUCAGCAAACUCUCAUUUAGGUUUGCCACCAUCCAAUCAACAACUGAAAGAUCUCAAAAAAGAGACUGUCGCAACUUCUGUUAAAUCGUGACUUUUUGGGUAAACUGCAUUGACAAAUAGAGGACUUAAAAAUACUGACAGACUCACCAAAUAAUAAUGAGGAAUUAGAUGGUGUAACUUCAUUGCAUGAGCAAGUGCGUGACUGAUGAAAAUAGAUUUAUGAAUCCUAAGGAAUAUAUGCGAGUGCAUGUCUGUGUGAGGACUGCUGUGGUUGCAUGUUGAAAAUUACCUUUUCAAAUGUGAGAAUCUGUAAAGAUGAGCAAUAACGAUAGUGGAUUCAGAAGAGAUACUCAAGUCUGAAGUCAUUAUACUGCCAUUUUUUUCUGUAUGUAGCUUCUGCUCAUCACAUAACACAAUGCUGGCAGCAAUAUACUCAACUUACAACUGUAUCCCAAAACAUGUUUUAUAAAAGUUAUUUCUUUAUUUUAUACCUAUAACAUCUAACACACACUUUAAUGAGUUUAAAUGAAAUGUUAAGUGAUCAACUUUUGUUCUGCUGUGACUAAUAUGCCAUUUACUGAAUCGUUCAAUCUUGCAUGACUAAAAUCCUGACUGAGAUGAGUAACUGAAAUAAACUCUUUUUAAAGUA